AGGUGUCUCGGUGGCUAAUCAGUCUGCCACCGGUAUCUGCGGAAAUUUAAUUACUCAUUCAAAAGUUUUCCGGGAUAAGCUUGGGCCAAGAAAAUGACUAUUUAUAGCUGCUCUUCAAUGAAAAUAGGUCGACAUUGGCUCGCAAGGUGGCUGCUGUCAUUAAAAGAAAAUCAAUUCUCAGUACCAAUCUGUCACAGACUUUUCCGGACUAAAUUUAUACGGUGAAAAAUUCAAUGAAACGGAAAAUGUGACAAAGGCUAAAAGUCCAUAGCCUGCUUAUCGGGGCCAAGACAAACACUCGCUCCGCCUGGCCUUUAAGGUCGUGCUUUAAUCUACCCCUUAUGAACAGGGGGUGUAUGGUGCUAAUAAUACAGGCGCCCAUGACAUGGCAAAAGCUUUAAAGUCGACCAUGUGGAGCACAGCAGCUUGGUGCUAACACCAAAAAAAAAGACUCACGGGUUUAAUAGAAAAACUAAAAAUGAAUUUCAAUGUACAGAACUAUAAAUGCUCUAUUAAUAAAAUAUUAAAUAUUCAAUUAAAUUUUAAUUUAUAAAUGGCAUUGAGUUCUAUUUAAGUUCUUGUGGAUUAAGUAUAUAAGAAGGAUUAUUUCCAAUACGAUUCAGAAAGGUCUUUACCCUCUAAAGGUGAGUAUUAGAGCCAUGUUCAACACGACCGGAGUAAACUGGCUCCGGAAUGGAUCCCAGAUGAGAUGGCUGGCUGGCUGGCUGACUGCCUGGUUGUUAACCGCUUUCACUCUUUGGGGCAUCCACUCGGGACUUCAGGCAUAGCAUCGUGCUGGCCGAAUGUGGCACUCGGGUCGGCUGGGGUGCCUGUCAAUAAAAUACAACGGCAACUUGUCGCUGCCUUUCAAUAUUCGCACAUACGUCGUUGUGGCAGCACCACCACCUGUUGCCGAGUCCGUUGUGAGUGUGGGUGUGAGUGUAUCGCAGUAGGUUUUGUAGCACACUUUUGUGGCGCGAAUCGAAGAGACACGAAACUUUUAGCCAUAUGGCAGCCUAAGCUGGCAAUAUCAGUGUGUUCAAUUAGCUCGCCAUGUCGGAGAAGUCAACUGCACGCAGCCAUCAUGCGGUGGCGCACUCCCAGUCCGAUGUCCCAACCCAAGCCCAGGCAGCUGCCCAACUAAAUGCCCCCGGCAGACGCAGGUCCACCCCGCCAUCCCACGGCCCCUCCAACCGCUGCCUGAUUGCCGUGAUUGUCUACCUGGCCCUGUUGCUAGAUAACAUGCUGCUAACCGUAAUUGUGCCCAUUUUACCCGAUUACCUGGCCAGCCUGGAGAUGGACCCGUUGUCCACGGAGAUUGUCAGUUUGGAUGAUACCCAUCCAUCCACGAGAGUGACAUACAGAGGUAGUGAUUUUCCAUUGCCCGGAGGGCAUCCGCAGCUACACAUAGCCAAGCAUCCGAUUCCUGGCAAAUCGAUGGUCAAUUUCACCCUGUUCCAGCUGGCUACCGACGCCGCAACGACCACCACCACCACCACCAGGUCUGUAACCACAUUAACGCCCAAUUCCACAUCCACAUCCACGCCAUCGACUGUGAGACUGGCCGAUAGCCAGUCGCCUGGAAGUAAUUUGACUGGGAACCGAAACAGGAAGCUUGCCUCCGGAAAUGCACCCACACUCAGGAGUAGCAAUAGCAAGAGCAACAAGGACCUGACCCUGUCAAGGGAGAACGGAUCCAUCGGACUGCUUUUGGCCAUGAAGGCUCUGGUUCAAUUAAUUUUCAAUCCGAUUGUCGGCAACGCAUCCAGCAAGUUUGGUUACCGCCUACCCAUUGUGGUUGGCACCUUUUUCCUGUUGGUCUCUUCCCUAGUUUUCACAGUGGGCGAGUCCUACUGGGCCCUGUUGUUAGCCCGUGCCAUUCAGGGCGUGGGCUCCGCCUGCAUCAACAUCUGCGGCAUGAGUCUGGUGGCCCAACACUAUCCGGAGGAGGCGCGCCGCUCCAAGGUGAUGGGCAUUAUUUUGGGCAGCAUCGCACUGGGCGUAUUGCUUGGAUAUCCCUUCGGAGGAAUCCUUUACGAUCUGAUGGGCAAGUCGGCGCCAUUCAUUAUACUGUCGACAAUGACGUUCCUCAGCCUGGGACUCCAACUACUGACAAUGGAUCUGUCCGUGCAGCCGGAGGUGGUGAUGGAGGAGACCCCGAAGUGGCGACCCCUGCUUGAGUGUAAAAUGAUUCUGGCCAUUGUGCUGGCCAUUUGGUUCUCCACCUCCACCAUGGCCAUGCUAGAGCCUUGUCUGCCAAUUUGGCUAAUUCAGUAUCUGAAGCCUAACAAGUGGCAGUUGGGAACGGUCUUCAUACCGGACUCGGUGGGCUACUUUGUGGGCACGAACUUCUUUGGCAGCAUCGCCUACCGCUAUGGCCAGGUAAAGGUGUCCUGCAUUAGCCUCUUGCUGGUGGGAAUAGCCUCAAUUUUGAUUCCCAGUGCCACAACAGUGGCCCAAUUGCUGUUACCCCACUUUGCUCUGGGUCUGGGCAUUGGCGUUAUUGAUGCUGCUCUGGUUCCCCUGCUGGCCACCUUUGUGGAUGCCACUCUCGCCCAGGAGGAUCAAAGCGAAGCAAGCACCUCCAUGUCCAGCUACGGAACUGUCUAUGCCAUCCAACAGACCUCUGUUAGUCUGGCCUACUGUUUGGCUCCCUUAAUUGGCGGCGAGUUGGCCCAAACUUUCGGCUUUGCUUGGCUCAUGCGAAUCGUGGGCAUCUUCAAUAUGAUCUAUGGCCCCAUUCUGGUCUAUCUCCAUCAGAAAUACGAUCCCAAGGCCCUGAGGGAGCAACACAAUGACAUGUUGCUCCAAACCAGCGGACAGGGAUCCCGAUACAAGCAGCUAUACAAUUCCAUGGACGUGGAGUAAAUAUACCAGAUAAUCUCAAGCAAUGUGCAUGGAAGAGUCCCCACUAAGAUGUUCCCCCGUUUGGCUCGUUUUAAGCAAUAUUUUGGAACUGACUUUCGAAAACCCAACUGUUAUUUUGAAUCUCUUUUUAAUCAAAAUCACUUUGUAACUUUCCUAUUAAAAUUAUGAUACCUAAACUAA